AUGACGUAUGAAGAAUUCAUGGCCCUGGAAUGCCCUUCUGGCAGUGAAGAUGAGUUAGAUUUUGACGAUUCAGAUGGAGACCCGACAAUAAAUGUAAAUGAUCUGGAAUCUGCAGAUAGUGAUAGCGAGCCUGAGGCUACUGUAGUUACUACACAUAAUUCAAAUAAUUAUUGUUUGAAGGAUGAUGAGAAUGAAGCUGUUGCUGAUGCACAGGUACCACAAGCUUCUGAAAAACACCAAAAGGUUCAGAUAAAUCGAAUCAUCUGGAAAAAACGAAGUGCUUCCUUUGGAAAUGAUAAAUUUAUAUUCAAAGGAAAGUCCUCACUGCCACAGUCAGCGCUACAGUUGUCCACGCCAUAUCAGUUUUUAAAAUAUUUUUUUAAUGAUGAAUUAAUGACAAAAUUGUUGAUGAAACUAAAUUUUACAGCACACAAAAAAAAUCCAAACAAACCAUUUAAUCGCAAUGUUCAUGACAUUCAUGAACUUACAGGCAUAUGUAUUAUUAGUUCUUUGGCUCCACCUACUGCUGUUCCUGAUCUCUGGAAUGAUGUUAUUGGUGUUGAGGUAGUAAAACAGACAAUGUCUCAGAGAUACUUUGAGAGUCUGAGGGCCACUUUGCAUUUCAAUGACAAUACAAAGCGGCCAGACCCUGAGAGUCAAGAUCAUGACAAAUUGCACAAAAUCAGGCCUAUAAUUGAUCAUGUGAAUAAAAAAUGUCUUUUGAUUCCAAUGAGUGAGCGUCUGUCAGUUGAUGAACAAAUCUGUGCAACCAAAGCAAGGCACCACAUGAAGGUUUAUAUGAAAGACAAACCACAUAAAUAG